CUCCCUCUCUUGGGAAUGAAGCCCCCUCAGCAGAGCCUCUUCAUGCUGGUGGAUUCGGUGGACGAGGGCUGUAAUGUUUCUGAGGGUGAACAGACUUCCACGAGUUUAUCUGGGACAAUAGCAGAGAUUUUAGCCAGCCACUUCGAGUUCUUCCCUCCCUGGCUGCUCCUCCUGUGUUCUGCCCGCAAGCAGAGUAAAGCUGUUACAAAAAUGUUUACAGGUUUUCGAAAAAUAAGUCUGGACGACCUCCGAAAGGCUUACAUUGUGAAAGAUGUGCAGCAAUAUAUUCUGCAUCGCUUGGACCAGGAAGAAGCCCUGAGACAACAUCUCACAAAAGAAACGGCAGAAAUGCUGAAUCAGCUUCACAUCAAAAGCAGCGGUUGCUUUUUGUAUCUGGAACGUGUCCUAGAUGGAGUCGUGGAGAACUUUAUCAUGUUACGGGAGAUCCGUGAUAUUCCAGGAACAUUAAAUGGCCUCUACCUUUGGCUCUGUCAGAGACUUUUUGUGAGAAAACAGUUUGCAAAGAUCCAGCCUAUCCUUAAUGUAAUUCUCGCAGCCUGCAGGCCCUUGACCACCACGGAAUUGUAUCACGCGGUGUGGACCAAAAACAUGACACUGACCAUGGAAGAUUUUCAGCGCAAAUUGGAUGUCCUGUCCAAAGUCCUUAUCGAUGGCCUUGGAAAUACAAAAAUCUUGUUUCAUUACAGUUUUGCGGAGUGGCUGCUGGACGUAAAGCACUGUACGCAGAAAUACUUGUGUAACGCUGCGGAGGGACACAGAAUGCUGGCCAUGAGUUACACCUGCCGGGCAAAGGAUUUAACGCCGUUAGAAGCUCAAGAGUUUGCAUUGCAUCUCAUUAAUUCUAAUUUACAGUUGGAGACGUCAGAGCUGGCUUUGUGGAUGAUAUGGAAUGGCACACCUGUCAAAGACUCCCUAUCGACCUUAAUUCCUAAAGAGCAAGAGGUGUUACAGCUGCUGGUAAAGGCCGGUGCUCACGUCAACAGCGAAGAUGACCGCACAUCUUGCAUCGUCCGGCAGGCCCUGGAGAGAGAGGAUUCCAUCCGAACCUUGUUGGACAACGGGGCUUCCGUUAACCAGUGCGAUUCCAACGGGAGGACACUCCUGGCCAACGCGGCGUACAGCGGCAACCUCGACGUGGUCAACCUGCUGGUGUCGAGGGGAGCGGAUCUGGAGAUCGAAGACACCCACGGGCAAACGGCGCUGACCUUGGCUUCCCGGCAGGGCCACACAAAGGUGGUCAACUGCCUCAUCGGCUGCGGGGCCAACGUCAACCACACGGACCACGACGGCUGGACGGCGCUGCGGUCGGCGGCGUGGGGAGGGCACACGGAGGUGGUGUCGGCGCUCCUGUACGCCGGGGUCAAGGUGGACUGCGCGGACGCCGACAGCCGGACGGCGCUGAGAGCGGCAGCUUGGGGAGGCCACGAAGAUAUCGUGCUGAAUCUGCUCCAGCACGGCGCUGAAGUUAACAAAGCCGACAAUGAGGGCAGAACCGCUCUGAUCGCCGCCGCCUACAUGGGGCACAAGGAGAUCGUAGAGCACCUACUGGACCAUGGUGCGGAGGUGAACCAUGAGGACGUGGACGGGAGGACGGCGCUGUCUGUGGCUGCGCUCUGUGUGCCGGCCAGCAAGGGUCACGCCUCGGUGGUCAGCCUCCUCAUCGACCGCGGUGCUGAAGUCGACCACUGUGACAAGGACGGCAUGACUCCGCUGCUGGUAGCCGCCUAUGAGGGACACGUGGAUGUGGUCGAUCUGCUUCUGGAAGGAGGAGCUGAUGUUGACCACACGGACAACAACGGCCGGACACCGCUUCUGGCAGCAGCCUCCAUGGGCCACGCCUCAGUUGUGAAUACUCUCUUGUUUUGGGGUGCAGCUGUUGACAGCAUUGACAGUGAAGGUAGAACAGUCCUGAGCAUAGCAUCUGCACAGGGCAAUGUCGAAGUAGUACGGACUCUGCUGGACAGGGGGCUAGAUGAAAACCACAGAGACGAUGCAGGCUGGACACCUUUGCACAUGGCAGCUUUUGAAGGUCACAGGUUGAUCUGUGAAGCUCUUAUAGAACAAGGUGCUAGAACAAAUGAAAUCGAUAACGAUGGACGGAUACCUUUCAUACUAGCUGCGCAGGAAGGUCACUAUGAUUGUGUGCAGAUGUUACUGGAAAAUAAAUCCAACAUUGAUCAGAGGGGCUACGACGGGAGAAAUGCUCUUCGGGUUGCUGCCUUAGAAGGUCACAGAGACAUAGUUGAGCUGCUGCUCAGCCAUGGGGCAGAUGUGAACUACAAAGAUGCUGAUGGUAGGCCAACGCUUUAUAUCCUAGCAUUAGAAAACCAGCUUACAAUGGCUGAGUAUUUUUUAGAAAAUGGUGCAAACGUUGAAGCGAGCGAUGCUGAAGGAAGAACAGCACUCCAUGUUUCCUGCUGGCAGGGCCAUUUGGAGAUGGUGCAGGUGCUGAUAACGUACCACGCCGAUGUGAACGCCGCAGAUAACGAGAAGAGAUCUGCUUUGCAGUCUGCUGCAUGGCAAGGCCACGUGAAGGUUGUGCAGCUUCUCAUUGAGCAUGGUGCUCUGGUUGACCACACGUGUAAUCAAGGUGCUACUGGACUCUGCAUUGCAGCCCAAGAGGGGCACAUUGACGUUGUCCAGAUAUUACUGGAGCAUGGUGCUGAUCCCAAUCACGCUGACCAAUUUGGGCGCACUGCUAUGCGGGUCGCAGCCAAAAAUGGACACUCCCAGAUAAUUAAAUUACUGGAAAAAUAUGGUGCAUCGACUCUGAAUGGUUGCACUCCGUCUCCAGUCCACACAAUGGAGCAGAAACCCUUACAAUCAGUCUCCUCUAAAAUGCAGUCCUUAACCAUGAAGUCCAACAGUUCAGGGAGUACUGGAGGAGACAUGCAGCCUGGAAUGCGGGGAUUAUCCAAUGGGCCUGCACACGCCUUCAGUUCUCCUUCGGAGUCUCCCGAUUCCACGGUUGACCGUCAGAAGUCUUCUUUAUCAAACAAUUCCCUGAAAAGCUCCAAAAAUUCUUCUCUCCGCACCACGUCCUCGACAGCCACCGCUCAGACGGUGCCCAUUGAUAGUUUCCACAGCCUGUCGUUCACAGAGCAAAUCCAGCAGCAUUCCCUGCCACGCAGCAGAAGCAGGCAGUCCAUUGUUUCCCCUUCUUCCACAACUCAUUCCCUAAGUCAAAAUCACAAUUCACCGAGUAGCGAGUUUGAAUGGAGCCAAGUAAAACCUAGUUUGAAGUCAACUAAAGCGAACAAAGGGGGCAAAACAGACAACUCCAGCAAGUCUGGGUCAGCUGGGAAAAAAAUAAAGCAGAGUAGUUCCUCCCAACCCAAAGUGUUAGAGUAUGAAAUGACUCAGUUUGAUAAACGAGUACCCAUUGCCAAAUCUGGCACAAGCAUGCCAUUGAAAUCAGUGCCACCAGAGCCACAGUGCAAAAUUUUGGUCCCUCCAGUUCAGCAAGAAGUUGGUCGAUCUCAGCAGCAGUUCCUGAUUCACCAACAGAGUGGGGAGCAGAAGAAGAGAAAUGGCAUUAUGACAAACCCGAAUUACCAUCUCCAGAGCAAUCAGGUUUUCCUCGGCAGGGUUUCUGUCCCACGAACGGUGCAGGACAGAGGGCAUCAGGAUGUGCUGGAAGGCUAUCCCCCCGCAGAGACAGAACUCAGCCUUAAGCAAGCCUUAAAACUUCAGAUUGAAGCUGGCGACCCAAGCUUCAACUACAAGAAGGAAACACCAUUGUAA